GAGGACGACAUCGAGGUGUCCCCGCACUACUUCCGCUUCGUGUCGGAGAUGAUGCUGGCGCUCCAAAGGGAGCCAGACCCGCGCGUGGUAGGCAUAAGCCUAUACUCGCCUCGUCGCACCGAGACGACCAACCCGCCCGAGCCGUUCAACUCGACGGCCCUCAUGAUUGAGGUCAUGGGAGCAGAGCACAAAGAGAGCCCAUAUUUGUUGCAGACGCCGUGCUCAUGGGGGGCCGUUUACUUCCCUAACCACUGGGAGCAGUUCGUCGAUUAUUUGCGGCUGCGCUUUGAUCUCAAGCCCGGCGUCAAGUCGCCCCACGACGUGUUGAUUCCUUCAAGCCGCACCAACGGCUGGAAGGGCAGCUGGAAGAAGUUCCACUUCGAGCUGCUUUACCUCAGGGGGCAAUACCUGGUCUAUCCAAACUACGAGGGCCAGCGCAGCCUCAGCACCAAUCACAUGGAGAAGGGAGAGCACAUCAAGUCUGGCGAUGUCGACCAUAAGCGGCAGGACUUCACCGUGCCGCUCCUGGUCGACGGCGCGCCGCUCCUACAUCUGAGGUCGCUGAAGGUUAGCCAGCUACGCGUGCUGAACCUUUUUGGGAAGCCCUGGUUGCGCGAAGAAGAGCUGAAGCAGAUGCUCGCCGGCAUGGCUAGCGGUGCUUCCUCCGUUGUGCCUGGUGUUCGGCAGCGGCAGCCGUCGCUGUUGGCGGUCGGCGAAGAGCUCAGCAGUGUCAAGGACGAGAUCAUGAUGUCUGCUGCGAGCGGCCGACUAAGGCACUACGGUGUGGUCCAGAACGAUGGCCAGUUCGUCAUCUACCGCGACGACGCUGCGUCCCCCAAUUCGGCCGCACCGAUUUGGAGCACACAGACGUUCGUGGGCGAGGUGAACGGGACGACGUAUGGCUUGACGCUGUCACCAACCGGGUCGCUGGAGCUGUCUCGAAGGGGCAGCUACGUCGCCCAGCUCAAGAGCGACGGCUGCCUCGCCGUGUACUGGAAGAGUCCGAAGAACGGAAAGUGCUUUGUCCUCGUUUGGGAAACGGCAACGAAGCGCAGCCGAUACGUGUCGAUGUUGAGCGUCGGAGCGACGCUGAGCAGCGCGUCGGGCGAUGGGCGCGAGGGCAGCGCCUGCGCGUUGGCUGGCUCUGCCUAA